UCUGGCCGCGAGGCCCUGGUCAGGAGCUGCGCAGCGAGCAGGCUCUGCUCAUCCCCUCACGUCCAGAUAUGCCUUGCAGCCCCCCAACCAGCGAAUCUUGCGACAGAGAUGCCCUCAAAAGCUGGGGAAGCCAUCCGCACAUGCCCUCGCGCCCGCCGCCGCUCAAUCCGGGCCUCCUGACCUGGGCCUGAUCAUAUGGCGUGAGGUCGAAUCAAAAGAUUCCCUCAGGCUUGCUUCUCGCCACCUCUCCUGCACCCACGGACAUCCGCGCUCCCCUUCCCCCUCGCAUAGCACUCAGCAAGGUUCUGGCACGCGAAGAGCACUGACCGUGGUUCAAGCAUUGCAACACGAGAGUCCGCCACCAUGAUCAUGAUCGCCAUGGCCACGAAGCUCCUCACGGUAUUCCUCGUCCUGCUCUGCGUGAAAGCGUCGCCCGCACCGACGCGCGUCUCGUUGCUGGAACCGCGCGAGGAGCUGCAAAAGUGCACCACGGAGCCGUAUUUCCCGGACGACCCCAAGUCGUGCGGGAUAUGCCAACAGAGCUACGGAGAUAUCGAUGGCUGCGUUGAUGCUGCCCCCGUGCUGGCCAACUUCUCCAUGAUCAUCUUCAACCCUGGCGCCUUCGUCGAUGUCAUCCGCUGUGCAUGCACAGACACGUUCAAGUCCGUCUUCCCCCAGUGCGCGGAUUGCUUCAUCAAGACGAACCAGAGUAACGUGCUAGACGCGCCCAAUCUGCCGGAUGUGGUCGACGGCAUGCGGAAGGUCUGUGCCCUCUCCUCCGCCCUCCUCGGCAACGUCUCCGUCACGAACAACGAGAGCGUCGCCACCUCCGCGCCCUCACCGACCUCGAACGCCGCUUCUGCGAUACCCGUGGGCCUCGGCUCAUUGCUACCAGUCGCUGUGGCGGCCGCUCUGGGUGUCGUUGGCGGUGCACUGGCGUUGUGAGCGGUGUUAGCUGUGAACGGUAUCGGUACCACGAACAGUGUCGCCGCUGCAUGAAGCACGCACAUGCCGGAGGACACAGAUCUCGGAUUUGGACUUGGGAUGCACCUCGAACUCUUGAGAAGCUCUUCCAGAGCCCUUCACGAUCGUUAUGACCCUUCACGACCUACGAACCUGUAACGUCCACUAACGAUAAUC